AUGGCUACAGAGACGUCCGAGGAUGCGUCACUCAAGAAGAGACUGCCGUGGCUCAAGCGGCUACGAGAGGAACUGGAGGACGACGAUUCCUCGGACUCUUCGUUGCAGAUGGCGGACCUGAUGGCCAAGUGUGUGGUGCGGCCCACGAAGAAGGCGCAGACGCCGAGGAAGAAGUCGAAGGCGGUGCAGGGGACGGAGGGGAAGAGCUCUAGACGCGUCAAGCCGCAGCGUCGAGAGUCGGACCAAGGAGACAGUCAAGGCGCGGGAUUAGCAGGCGGUGGGACUGCGAAGCACAAGAAAAAGCGAUUGUUGAAGGAAAAUGACAAAUCAAGCGGCUCGAUGCGGCAUUACCAUCAAAUAAAAGCAGUGAAAGAGGAGCUUUCGAUAGUCAAGAUGAAAAAGGUUCCUCUCGAAGUGGUCAAGGCCCUGGUGUUGAACGAGCACCACACACAGAAGCGGCAUGGUCAUCAGGCACAUGCUGGAGAGAACGACAGCAAGAUUGCAUCGAAAAAACCGAGACCAAAGCGGUUAUCUGAAGCACGUAUAAAGAAGGAGAGAAUUCGUGGAUCAGAAUUCCGAUUGGAGCGGGAUCAAGUUAAGGUUUCUGCCGGCACUGCCUGUCGGCGACAGUUGGUAUCUCAGCCAACAGUCGACAGAACGUUGUCGAAAGACGAGCACGCUGCAAAAUGUAAAGUGUCGAAGGCUGUUGAGGUGAAAAUGGCUACAAAGGUAUGCGAGCACGCGAAAUCUCCUGUUGCGGUGACAAGUGAGAUUCCCGUUCCAAUGACAAAUAAUAUUUUUGACCUGGAGAAGCGCGAUGGUGAGGAAAGUGUUGCUGUGGAGCCUUCGUUUCCGGUUCAACCCACUUCUACGCUUGCAAACUGCGGUGACGAAGAAAAAAAUGUACUGGUUACUACUGAGCCAAAAAAGGCGAUGGCAGAUGAUAGACAUACAUCGGCAGUCAUGGAGCAACAGGUUGCUGACUGUGUUUUGGUUGCAAAUCAUGGCGGAUCUCGCAGUGUAUCUUGUGAACCGGAAAAAGCUAACGGCAGUGUGAAGGCGCGAAUUGUUGCGACGGAUGGUGCUGAUACAAUCGUUAUGUUAAACGACUCAAAAGAAGCAGACGGAAGCCAAACAUGUGUCACUGUGGAAAGCAUACCACACGACAUUUCGGGACCUCUCUGUCAUGACAGUUUGAAAGUGAGCCCAAGCAUGGUCACACCGUCUGCACUAGAGUCAAUGGUAAAAGAUGUUACUGACAGAAAGAUGCCGGAGACCCCCGUGGCACCACCGAAAGCGGAAUGCCCAACGAGAAGUCUGGACAGUUCUGCAAAGAAUGGUCACGAAAAGAGUAAUAGAAAAUUGGCACUUCAGACGAUGCUAGCUCCUUGCAAAGCAACGAAUGAAGUGAAAACAAGUGCGACGUCGCUUUCUGGAUCAUUCGUCAUCCCAAAGCGGUGUGUGGUGGAUGGUGGAACAGCUGACGAGACAGUAGUUGCUUCUGUCAGACGGGUACAGAGCAACAAAGCUAGUGCAGAUACACGCUCGGUGGUUUCGUCCAAGCUUAUUGCCGUAUCGCGGUUGCCGUCGUUAGAUGGAAGUGAAAAGUCUUUGAUGGUGGAACUUUCUCGUCCAUUAACGAGGCGAUCAAAAAAUCCGGUUCCAAUUGUCUCCGCUUCGAGCUGUACACAAGAUCGAGCUUUUUUGCGUUUGUCCAGAAAUCGCAAUUCCAUAUACAUGGCGGCGAUAGAGCUAGCAGCUGGAACGUCUGACUUACUAAGUACCAAAAGGAUACAAACCCUGAAGAUGGGAUAUGAAGUCUACAGUGUCGAUGGAAAAGCGCUGCCUGACUUGAUUUCUCGCUAUAGUUGCGCCACGAGUGGCGAAAUGGCCAUAAGCCGGGAACGGUACACAGCCUCAUUCUUUGGCGUGUCGCUUUCGCCACCAAAAGCUGCUGGAAAUGCAAGCGUAGUAGUUGAUGGGCACGGUAACGAUAACCUGGAUGCCCGAACUACAAGGUGCUACGAGGAGCUGCGAUUUACUCGGCCUGAUGACCGAGAAUUUUUCCAGCAAAACAUGUAUGGCACGGCAUUCGUGCCUCAGCAUCUACGUGGUCAGAUAACUUUGAUCGUCCGAAAUGCGCGUUUCGAACGCAAGUCUACGGGAAUCCGUUUCAAUCAAGACCGUGAUCGAGAAAAUUUUGCUGUUUCAAUGAGCAAGCGGUAUGCGCUUGGAAAAUCUGUACCGCGUUGCGAAAUAACUCGUGAAAGUUGGCAAAGACUGAUGAAGGGUCAGUUGAACCCUGUGUACUUGCACUACUACAACCGUGAAGACGGAGAGCGAGCGUUGCAUACUUAUCGCGACGACCUUGGACAUGCGUUGGAACUCAAGUCGAGUCUAAAAGCUGGUGCGGUGCUUCAAUUGAGCUCAUGUCAGGCUGCCAAACCAAAUUUUAGGAGUAAUCCUGGCCGCUCUCUCUCUAGCGAGCGAACGAUACCAGAAUCUUCUCCCCUUUCGUCGCAGAAUUGUGGCACGAUCACUCCGAUAUGGCAACGAGAGUACCGAAGAAAGUCAAAGGGUGAUGAUGGCUUGUCAAAGUAUGGUCGCAAUGCACCGCGAGCAAUAGGUCCUCGGUGUGAGAAAGAAAGGCAACACGACGGCAUCGACGGUGGCAGAAACCGUUUGCAGACAACAAUUAGGUGCAGGUCUCGAUCCCGCUCAAAAUCCAAGUCGUCUUACCGGCAAGGUGAUGCUGGCGCUCUUGAAAAGAAAGUCGAAGGAGAAAAUUCUGGAGGAAGUGACGUCCCGCAUUCGGUGGAUGACGCCCGCGAAAGAAUUGGAAGCGGUAAUGUGAAUAUCAUGCAUGCAAUUCACAACGACGUCGGUACGCCAGCACUGAAGCGAGCUCGAAUAUCGCACUUUUCACCACGUCAAUCUUCAAGUUAUGGUUUUGACGGAAGGGAGUGCGAAAAGAAAAGAGAUUUAGGGCGUACGGACGAAGAAAAUAGAGGCAAAGCAGGGCAUUAUCCAACUACAGCUUCAGGAGGGGAUGAUGGUAGAUACCGGCAAUACCGCGCUCACUCCCCGCUCAGGAGGAAGCAACCGGAUUUAAGCAUUGCUGAAACAAGUGAGAGGCGGAAUCCGCACGCGAAUUAUUCGCGGAAUCACUCGCGUAUAACUUCGAACGAGCAUCAAUUUCAUCAGCAGCGGACUGAUCCUGCUAUGAAUAUGCGAAGAUCUAGAUCUCGUUCGCGUUCGCGGUCCAGGAAUUCAUGCGCUCAAAGAGCGCGUGGAUACAGUGUUCACAAUGAUCGGUUCGCCGAGCGCCGAGAAAAUCGGAGCUGUGAGCGUGCUGGUGCUUUUGGUAACGACACUUAUGAGCGACGUAUGUCUUUUGAUAGAGGACACAGUGGUUUUGACGGUCGUAGCGGAGGCGUGAGGUCAAGACCACGCUAG